AUUUAAUUUGUUUAUAUUAAACACAUUUGUCGUAUUGAGAUGUUCAGUGAUUUGUCUACGUUGAUUUUUUUUAAGGAAAAAGACUGAAAAAUUGAAAAUUAGCUCAUCAUUGUAGCCAUGGCAGGGUUUGUGGCAGUGCACACUGGAGCUGGCAACUGCAUUGAUGAGACAAAAUAUCAGCGUGUUAUUAAAGAAGCCUGUGUUCGAGCAACGGAUAUAAUAAAGAACGGUGGUUCUGCAAUGGACGCAUGUGAAGCGGCCAUAAUGCGCCUCGAAAAUUGCGGGAAUACCAACGCCGGUUUUGGUUCUAAUCUUUGUUGGGAUGGGCGUGUGCAAUGUGAUGCAUCUAUAAUGGAUGGUUCAAAUUUACAUUUUGGCGCCUGUACAAAUGUAAGUACUGUUCGUAAUCCCAUACGUUUCGCUCGUCUACUGUGUGACGGACAAUCCACUAUGCUAUCGAUGGAACGUAUACCACCAAUGGUUAUGGCAGGAAGCGGGGCGGAGCGAUAUGCUGAAGAAUUGGGUUGUGCAAUGAUAGAUGCCAGUGCUAUGAUUUCAUCCAAGGCAAAGUUUUCAUAUAACCAUUAUAAAUCAAAAAUAGCGACUAUAAGCUCUGCAGCAGAAGGUGGCAAUGGCACAAGUAUCGGGAUGUCUACAACGGCUGCUGUCUCCACAUCUCAGGUUAGUGCUCUUGACACCGUCGGUGCUGUAUGUGUAGAUAGUGCCGGCAACACUGCUGCUGGAUGUAGCUCAGGCGGCUUAUUGCUUAAAGUACCUGGACGUAUAGGUCAGGCAGCGACUUAUGGUGCAGGUUGUUGGGCAACUGAUUCUACGGAAGUAUCCGUUGCAACAUGUACGACCGGGAAUGGUGAAUAUUUAAUGAAAACAUUAUUAGCAAAAGAAAUAUGUGGUGAUCUAUUGACAACCGAUUGUGCCGUUACAAGCUUACAUAAGAGUAUAAAGAAUAAAUUCUUGGAAUCUCCAUUCCUACCCGCCGAUCAAGAUUUAUAUGCUGGAGCACUGUCCCUAAUUUACUAUCCCCACGCAAAUACGGGAGAAGUACUAUGGAGCCACACCACAAAAUCAUUUUGUGUUGGCUAUAUGUCUACGCAACAAAAAGCGCCGAAGUUUAUAUAUUCUCCACUGCCAACGUACAGUAUGCCGGGCAGAUCGUGUGUGGUCAAUGGGCACAAUUUCCAUCUACGUGUCUAGUCUUCGCACACAGCUGCCAUUGGCGGCAUUAAUGAUGACAGCAUUUAUCGUGAGUGCUGGCACUACAUGCUUAUAUAUAUUUGACAUUCUUUAUUUUCGUAUUUUAUUGGAUAUACUACAGUGCUAUAAAAUAAGUGCAUAACAUACUAUAUUUAUCGUUGAUGCAAAGUAGAAAGGGGGUUUCCUCGUUCCAUCAAAGAUAUGUACGGUUUUUAAAAUAAGAAAAAAAGCACAAUUGUGAUUUGACAAUUUCCAUUUAAAAAUCAUUUUUAUUCAUAAUAUGUAUUUUGUUGUGUGUGUAAAUUUUGCACUAAAUUAAAAAGGCGAUUACAAAAAGUAAAUAUAAUACCUAUAAAAAUAUAGUAUGUAUGUAUAGAGGUCAUUCAUAAUAUAAAGUAUAUAUUAUGUAUG